AUGGAGCUCUUCUCAGAGAUCGGCGGCUCUUCUCUUGCUAUAGCAUCCGCCCUUUCCGUAGCGGCGGGCGCAUACCUGAAUGCCAGAUACUCAAUUGCCAGUGAUAUCUCGGCGCUCUAUAAAGAUAGAUCAUGGACAAACCGUCUGGGUCAACGCAUUGCGCAGCUGGGUGACACUGCUACCAUCUACAAGAUGCUCGAACGCCUCGUUGAAGUAGAAGGUCAUGGGGCAGACGAGGCACUCUGGUUUGAGCACAAAACAUGGACGUAUGCUCAAUUGAAGAACUUGGUCGAUAGAUUUACUGCUCUUCUUCAUGCCAGAAAUGUAGGUCCAGGGGACUUUGUCGGCGUUUUCACAACCAAUUCCCCAGAGAUGGUCGUGACCAUCUACGCACUCUCGAAACUCGGAGCUGUUGCUGCUCUCAUCAACACCAACCUUCGCGACGAUACUUUCACUCACUGCCUCAGUGUGUCCGGCAGCAAAUUCAUUAUCUCAACACCAGACUUGUCGCAAUAUGUCUGUUCAGACUUGCCACAUGUCGCCUUCAAUCUUACUUCCUUCGAGGGAGUGUCCCCUGGUACAGUAGAACUUAUCACAUAUGCAGACUUGCAGCAAUUCUCAGCCCUAGGCUUGCCUGCUGCUAAGAGGUCGCCCAGUGACCUAAGCACACUUAUCUACACCUCGGGCACUACGGGCAAGCCAAAAGCUUGUGCCAUUCGCAAUAUGAUGGCUCUAAUCACGUCCAAUCCGCACACGGUCGACAUCAACAACCGCUCCAAGUACUAUCCUCUACGUACUUAUUCCUCCCUGCCACUUUUCCACGGCACCGCUUACUUCACUGGUAUCUGUUAUUCCCUUGGCAACGCAGGUACUCUCUGCCUGCGCCGCAAGUUCUCCGCUUCACAAUUCUGGAAAGACGUGCAUGAUUCGCGAGCAACACGUAUUCUAUAUAUUGGAGAACUCUGUCGGUACCUCCUAUCAACACCCCCAAGCCCUUACGACCGCAACCAUGUGUGUCUUGUCGCCAACGGCAAUGGGCUGCGUGGAGAGAUUUGGGAGCGCUUCCGACAACGAUUUAAUGUGCCCGAGAUUCGAGAAUUCUAUAGAUCUACAGAGGGCGUGGCCAAGUUUGACAACUUCGGCGAGGGCGCUUGGGCCGCCGGUAAGGUUGGGCAUUCGGGCUUCAUUAAGCGCCUUCUGGAAAAUGAUACUUAUAUUGUCAAAUACGACACUGAGACGGAGAUGCCUUACCGGGAUCCCAAGACAGGCUUCUGUGUGAAAGCCAAGCUAGGGGAAGAAGGAGAGGCAAUCGGUCGAGUGAAGAGCCGGGGUCUGCUCACAGAGUACCUGCGCAACAACGAAGCCACGGAGAAGAAAUUGCUUCGCGACGUGUUCGAGAAAGGUGAUUUAUUUCAACGUACCGGAGACCUGGUGGUCCGGGAUCACGACGGCUGGGUAAGGUUCCAGGACCGCGUGGGUGACACGUUCCGCUGGAAGGGUGAGAAUGUGAGCGCGGGUGAAAUCCGAGAUCAUAUCUGUCGACUUCCGGCUAUUCACGAUGCCGUGGUCUACGGAGUGAAAUUAAGCGCGUAUGACGGCCAAGCUGGUGCUGCAGGGAUCACCCUCGAAGACUGGUCUGCUACCACAGAGCAAGAGGUCAUGGCCAACCUCUACCCCGAAUUGAAGAAGAAGGGUGUGCCCUCAUAUGCCUUCCCUCGCCUCGUUCGACUUACAGAGAAGGUGGAGACUGGAGUGACCUUCAAGCAAGCCAAAGGCGUUCUGACCAAGAAAGGAUGGGAUCCACGGACUGAUUGGGACGGAGAUAAAUUGUACUGGUUGGAUGGUACACAGUAUAAGAAGCUCGAUGAAAAAAGCUGGUCGACCAUAGAAAGUGGGCAGGCCAAGCUGUGA